ACGAAAAGUCGGAGACGUUUUCAAAGCGAAGGUGGGUGCUAUAUAAGAUUAAAAUUUGCUUUUAUAGACGUAAUACUUUGAUGCCGUCGUUGCCGAAGAGGAUACGUGUUUGCCGCACCUGCUUUUGAUGGCUUGCUUCGACAGCAACAAGGGGAGUUUGGAGGAGGACAGCUAUGAAGGAGCUGUUGGUGGAGAGCUGUCCGGCUGUGCGUUAGCAAUGCUGGAAAAAGAACGGGAAUCCCUUCUUAGCCCUUCAGAGAGCCCAGGCACCUUCAUCAGCAGCGCAGCCAGUAGCCUCCAGGCCGCUGCCCCCCUCCAAGGCUAUGACGUGGAGUUUGACCCUCCUCUAGAGAGUAAAUAUGAGUGCCCUAUCUGCCUCAUGGCUCUGAGGAAUGCUAUUCAAACACCCUGCGGUCAUCGUUUCUGCAAGAACUGCAUUGAAAAGUCCAUUCGUGACACAGGACAGAGGUGCCCUGUGGACAAUGAGAGACUGUCAGAAGACCAGUUGUUUCCUGAUAACUUUGCCAAACGGGAGAUUCUGUCGCUUACUGUUCGCUGUCCAAACGCUGGUUGUGCUGAGAAAAUGGAGCUCAGACAUUUAGAGAAUCAUUUGGCACAGUGUCAGUUUGCCACGGUGCCUUGCCCACAGUGCCAGCAGUCUGUGAGAAUUAGCCACCUCGAGGAGCACACAACUGUUGAGUGCCAAAGGAGACCGGUGUCCUGUCCAGACUGUGUGGCACACUUUGUUUAUGAAGAGAGAGAGCUUCACGAGCAGCAGUGUCCCUUUGCCAGUGUGAAGUGCCAGUACUGUGAGAUGGAUCUCAUCAGAGACCAGAUGGAAUCUCAUUGUGAUACAGAUUGCCCAAAAGCACCCAUUGCCUGUAACUUUAGCACCUUUGGAUGUAAGGAAAGGAUGCAGCGCCACAACUUGGCUCAGCACAUGCAGGAGUUCACACAGAUGCACAUGCGCUACAUGGCCGAGUUCCUGCGUGGCCUCAGCCUUAACGGCACCACACCCAAAUCCCUGUGGGCGCUAGGACCUUCGGUUUCCUCUGAGGAUCAGGGAGCUGCGGCAUCAGUAUCGACCUGCAGCGGGCCCAGAACAGCUGUGAGCUGCAGCAGCAACUCUGCCCCAAAUCAGCCGAGUGAGGAGAUGCAGAGGAUCAGGGAGAUGGAUGCUCGGCUGGUCAGGCAGGAUCACCAGCUGCGUGAGCUCAUCAUCUUAAAGGAAACGCAGGCCGGCCAUCUUGCGGAGCUCCGGCGUAGAGUGUCGAUGCUGGAGGACACAGUGAAGGAGCUGGAGGCCCAGCACUGUCAAGGCAUCUUCAUCUGGCGCCUCAAAGGUUUCUCUGCUCACAUGCGGAGCCAAGAGGCAGGCAUGCCGGUAGUUGAGCACAGCCCCGGCUUCUACACGGGCCGUCCAGGCUACAAGCUGUGCCUGCGCUUACACCUGCAGACCCCCAACGCCCCGCGCUGCUCCAACUUCAUCUCCCUCUUCGUCCACACCAUGCAGGGAGCCUAUGACGGGCAGCUGACGUGGCCGUUCCAGGGCACCAUCCGCCUCGCCAUCCUAGACCAAGGCCUCGAGGGUCAGCACCACAUGGAGGUGAUGGAGACUAAACCCGACCUGCAAGCUUUCCAGAAGCCCACCAUCCAGCGCAACCCCAAAGGAUUCGGCUAUGUCACCUUUCUGCACCUGCAUCAGCUGAGUCAGAGGGCAUUUAUCAAAGACGACACUCUACUCAUCCGCUGCGAGGUGACGCCGCGUUUUGACAGUUCAUGUCACCGCGAGGGUCCGGCGGUGCAGCCCAGAGGACACGAGGCCUCAGUUUCAAGGGACUAAAGCCAAGCUCAGAUCUAGGAUCAUUGUCAUCAUCAUGCAGGAAUGUCAACAAGUACAUGUCCCAGUGUUUAGAUAUGGCUCAGUUCAUAUUAACCCUUUGAAAACUGGAGCAAAAUCACUUUGUUUUGUGCUGCUUUCAGAUG